AUCCCUUUGAGAAGAACGAUGCCGACACGAACCCCUCUUGGGGAGUAUACCGGAUAUUAUGUUACGUCACUGGGUUCGUCCCGUCGUCGACUGACCAGAGCAUCAGUGCGAAAGAUUGAAUCUUUAGUUCUUGGAUUCUCUUUCUUUAGCCCUGUUAGUUUCAGAGAAAGAAGUUUUUUUUUUUUUUUUUUUUUUUUACUUGAAAGUUAUAACUGAUGAUACUUUUAAAGGGAUUUUGUAUUUAGAAAAUUCUUGUAAUGAGAAACCAUUGAAAAAAUGGUAUCGUGUGCCGUUGCUACUUGUAGCAAUACGUAUCAUAAUACGAAAGAAACUAGCGUGGUAUUUCAUAGAUUUCCUUACAAAAAUAUUCAGUUAACGAAAGAAUGGUUGCAUAGGUGUCGAAGAGCGGAUAUUAUUAACACAAAGAGUGCUCGAAUAUGCAGCAAUCACUUCACUGAAUCUGAUUAUGAGGAUGAUAUGAAAAAUAGGCUGCUAGGAUUACCGACAAAAAAGAUACUGAAGUCAAUUGCUAUUCCAACUGCUUGUAUUCCUGACUUGGUUAUUUAUCAGAAUACACCAAGGCAGCAAAGGCAACAAAAAAGAAAAAAUUUACAAAGUGCAUUUGAAAGAAUUCAGAAUUUAAGUCCUAAAAAGGCAUGUCUGGAACUUCAAAACGAUAACAAUAAUAGCUAUGAGAAGCUCACUGAAAAUAAUAUUACUCAGCAAUGUUGUAACUGUUCCAACCUCCAGAAAAAUGUGAAUGAUUUAAUCACAAAAUUAUCAGCUCUUGAGAAUAAGGUUUCUGUUUUACAGACUGAGAAAAAGCAGCAUUUAUAUACAACAAUGAAGCAACAGCGUCCAAGUAGAGUACAGCAAAGGAAAAAAAAAAACAAAAGGCGGAACUCCAGUCGCCGGCUGGCUCGUAAACCUUCGGCGUCAAGUGCAGAAGAAGAAAACUUUGCAACAUUACGUAAAUCCAAGUGUGAAGUUGAGUUAAUGACAAACCUCAGGGAAGUCACGAAAGUGAAGAAAAAAUUAGAGAGGACACCCAGGAAGAAACUGAAGAGUUCAAUGAAAAUGAUAACUUUUGUAUAUAAUCACAAUGAAGAAGAAAAUAAAUUAGAAGACAGCGCAUCAAAGAGGAAGAAGGAGGAGACGAAGAAGAAACCCAACGGUAAUAUUUUUAUCUCUUUACAUCUUUGA